AUGCCGGAAAGUUUUUACUUCUCAUCAGGCAGUACGGAGGACUCUGAGGAAACCAAGAUAUCGCUGAGCCGGUCAAGUCUGCUGAUCUUGUUGGAGUUGGUCGCGUACAUUGUGGCGAAGAAACCACACCGCGCGGUUCCUACGCAUUCCGCAUUGAAGCGGUACUCAACCCAUGUGACGCGCCGUGAACGGCCAGAAGAUGCAAACGGUAUCCUCACUUUGCAGCAUGAUGCAAGAUGGGAGGCCCCGAUCUUCCAGAUGGCCGACUACGGCCUCGUCGACGACCUCUUCAACGCCGUGCCUGAGCUCACGGAGAAGAUCUAA